ACAUCUUACUUUUACCCAUCACAGCAAAGGUAUUUUUGGAAAGUUAACACCAAAAUAUCUCUUCUUUAAUUUCUCAAAGAGUCAAUAAGAGAACGAUUUUAAGGGACGGAGGGAGUAUAUAACAUGCCUCCCACACGUACUAUAUAUCCAUCGUCAAUCCCCCGAGCAUUUUCUAUUCCUUAUACAUUGGAGAAACAUUUAACUCAACCGCAGGAUGAGUAGCAUAGCGAAGAGGUGGGAAGAGCUAAGCGGGGGCAAAAACUGGGAGGGACUAAUAGACCCUCUAGACAUUGAUCUCCGCAAGUACCUCAUCCACUACGGGGAGAGGGCCCAGGCCACCUACGACGCCUUCAACGCCACCCUCACCUCCCCUCUCGCCGGAAGCAGCCGCUACUCCGAGGCCAGCCUCUUCCCCAAGGUCGGCCUCGAAAGCGGCAACCCGUUCAAGUACGAGGUCACAAAGUACUUCUACGCCACGUCGUCCCACCCAGUCCCUGACGCCUUCAUCGUCAAGCCUCUCGGGCUCGACGCGUGGAGCACGGAGUCCAACUGGAUGGGGUACGUGGCGGUGGCGGCCGACCCCGCCGGGAAGGCGGCGCUGGGGAGGAGGGACAUAAUUGUGUGUUGGAGAGGGACGGUUAGGACGCUGGAGUGGGUCAAUGACUUCGAUAUCACGUUAGUGCGCGCGGAUAAGAUCUUUGGGGGGAACGGCGGCGGCGGCAGUAGUACUAGUCCGAUGGUUCAUGGAGGUUUUUACUCUAUUUACACUUCUCAGAAUCCAAAGUCGGCUUUCAAUGUCACUAGUGCAAGAGAUCAGGUUUUGGCCGAAGUGAAGAGGUUGGUGGAGCUAUACAAGAACGAAGAAGUGAGCAUAACCACCUGCGGGCACAGCCUUGGGGCAUCACUCGCAACUUUAAACGCAGUGGACAUAGCCACAAACGGAGCCAACAAACCAACCGACGCCGGAAAAGCCUUUCCGGUUACCGCCUUCGCGUACGCCUGCCCCCGGACCGGCGACCACAACUUCAAGAAGGCCAUCGAGGCGACCCCAAACCUCCGCCUCCUGCGCGUCCGCAACGUCCCCGACAUCGUCCCCCAAGUCCCCCCUGCAACUUUGCUGACAGGCUACGCAGACGUUGGCGUGGAACUGGCAAUCAAUGUCACAAAGUCGAGUUAUGUGAAGGCCCCCGGGGAGUUGUCGAGUUGGCAUAGUCUCGAGGCUUAUUUGCAUGGGAUUGCCGGAACAAAAGGGGUCAGAGUUGGGGAUGGUUUUGAGUUGGUGGUGGGUAGGGGUAUCGCCCUGGUGAACAAGUCAUUGGAUUAUUUGAAGGAGGAGUAUGGGGUUCCUCAGAAAUGGUGGACGGAGAAGAACAGGGGAAUGGUUCAAGAAGAUGAUGGGUCUUGGAAAUUGAUGGACCAUGAAGAGGGUUAUACUCCAACACCACCAUAAUUUAGUGGGUGGUCUCUUGAAUAAUGUCACAACUUCCACAUAUGGAAAGUGACACUUUAAUUAUUACUCCGUAAUAUUUGUAUUAAAUAAUGUCACACUAU